UGUAGUAUCUCCUGGCACCUCCGUUAUGUGUUAACCAAUGCAAGGAAACCACAACACACCAUGGCAGUGGUCAGUACCUAUCCGUCUCUCCACCUCCUAUCUCUCCACCUCCUCCUACUCGCCACCACUAACGAGGCCACUAGAUUUACCAUCAUCAACCGAUGCUCCUUCACGGUGGGAGGUGGCAUGCAGCUCGAUCCAGGGAAGAAGUGGACACUGGACAUGCCCACAGGCACCACAGAUGGGCGCCUGUGGGGGCGCACAGGCUGCUCAUUCCAUGGCAAAGGCGGCCAGUCGUGCCAAACAGGCGACUGCGGUGGUGUACUCGCUUGCACGGACAAUGGUCAGCCACCCAUCUCACUAGCUGAGUUCAAGAUUGGCCAAGGCCAGACAGAUGAUUUCUUCGACAUCUCCCUCGUCAAUGGCUUCAAUGUGCCCAUGGAUUUCCUGUCAGUGCCAACACAGGGAGGGCCAGGGUGCAGCAAGGGGCCACGCUGUGAAGCCAACAUAACGGCGCAUUGCCCAACCGAGCUGCAGGCUCCAGGAGGUUGCAACAAUGCAUGCAUCGCCAGUGGGACAAGCAACUGCGAACCGACCACCUACUCAGGCUUCUUUGAGCAGAUGUGCCCGGAUGCUUACAACAGCUACAAUGGUUUCACUUGCCCAACGGGAACCAACUACCAGGUCAUCUUCUGUCCCCCAUUAAACCUAACAGUUUCACCGGCACCUGCGAGUUCCCAGCCUGCGCCUAUUGGGCAAGCAAGCAUGAGCUUGAAAUCCUCCAUCUCAAGAAACCAUGUUGUGGUUCUAGCUCCUGUAGGUGGCUUUGUUUUGCUCACACUAUUGUUUAUCAUCACUUUCUUCACAUGUAAACAAAGAGCACGACGACAACAAGAUAUGGAGGAAGAGGAAGAGUUUCGGGAGCUACAAGGAACACCAGUGAGGUUCACUUUUCAACAGCUAAAAGUAGCAACCAGGCAAUUCACAGACAAGCUCGGGGAAGGAGGAUUCGGGUCUGUUUUCAAGGGGCAAUUCGGUGAUGAGAGAAUUGCAGUGAAACGUUUGGAUCAAGCUGGGCAAGGAAAGAUGCAAUUUUUGGCAGAGGUUCAGACAAUCAGCAGCAUCCACCACAUCAAUCUGGUGAGAUUGAUUGGUUUCUGUGCUGAGAAAUCCCAUAGGCUCUUGGUAUACGAGUAUAUGCCCAAACGAUCCUUGGACAGGUGGAUCUAUUGUCGACAUGAUAAUAAUGAUCCUCCUCUGGAUUGGAGCACACGAUGCAAGAUUAUUACUCACAUAGCCAAAGGACUCUCUUAUCUUCACGAAGAGUGCACGAAAAGAAUUGCUCAUUUGGAUGUCAAACCACAAAAUAUCCUCCUAGAUGACAACUUCAAUGCAAAACUUUCUGAUUUUGGAUUAUGCAAGCUCAUUGAUAGGGAUACGAGCCAUGUGGUUACUCGAAUGAGGGGCACACCUGGAUAUUUAGCUCCUGAAUGGUUGACAUCACAAAUCACAGAAAAGGCUGAUGUAUACAGCUUCGGUAUAGUGGUCAUGGAAAUCAUUUGUGAAAGAAAGAACCUCGACACCUCGCGAUCUGAAGAGAGCAUCCAUCUUAUUACACUGGUAGAAGAAAAAGUGAAGAGCGAUCAGUUGGUAGAUUUAAUUGAUAAGAGCAGUACAGACAUGCAAGCACACAAGAAAGAUGUAAUUCAGAUGAUGAAGCUUGCGAUGUGGUGCUUACAGACUGAGUGCAAAAAAAGGCCUAAUAUGUCUGAGGUUGUCGGAGUCUUGGAAGGCAACAUGAAUGCAGAUAUCAACAUAAGUAAUAACUUUGUUGCAACAAGUCCAAUUUUUUUUGGUAUUGCUGGAAAUGUAAGCUACUCAGCUCCACCUUUGGUCUCAGAUGUAUCAGGCCCAAGGUGAAAUGAGACAAUCCCGAGUAAAUGUGCAAUUAUAUUAUGAGCACCAGACUUUCUUACCUAAAUGUAUAAUAUUGAAACUUUUUGUUUUAAAACAAACGAAAAUAUGUUAUUAAUUUAUUAUU